UUGGCCGCACGGGAAUGGGGCCGCUGUACCAGAGCGCGGCGUCUGGGUCGGCCGUCGAGGGUCGGGCUGAGGCGAUCCCGAGAUCCCGCCUCGAUUCCGAAUAGGGGCGAGAAGCGCGGCCGGGGUUCGCGGUCGGUGUAGCCCCGCGGCCGAGGGGCGCGCCGCGGGUCCUCGGACCCUCGCCUUCCCGGCAGAAUGGGGGCGCUGGGCCCCGACGGGGGAGAGUGCGCCCCGGCCCCUGCGCUGGGUCCCCCGGAGCCCCAGGGCUGCAAAGGGCGGUCGGCACGCCUCGCUCGUGUGUGCUGGGGGCCCGGCGCUGACUGCCUCGUUGGACAACACUCGCCAAAGCCUACACUCGAGUGUGUGGGGUGCUGGAAACAGACGGGAAGUGUGAGCAAAGCAGCGAGGCACAGCUGCUUGGCCACCCCCAUCCCCAUCCCUGUGGCUGAGGACUGCCCCAGAGCAGGGGGGCCUGCGUUCGGGACUCCCUGGCCGGCAGCCCUGGGGGAGGCUCCCAGAGUGCACAUGGCCCUGUGGGCCCACCCAGCGGGGUCGGUCCCAUUUCACCCCGACCGGAUCUCCAGUCCCAGGGCGCUCCCUCCACGGACAUUGGCUGCAGGUUCCCUGAGGAUGGGGUCUCGGCACCCCAUGGCCAGCCUGGGGGCCGUUCUCACUUCUGCGCUCUUUCUCCUGGGCUGCCACGGACUCGCUGAUGUCCAAGAGGGAUUUCUUCAGGCUUUGGACCCAGAGGAGGUGUCUUCUUACUUUGGCCCUGAUUCUGCCUUAAAAGCACCCCAGUUCCAGGUGGCCCCACUCACCUGCGUCUGUGAGGACCAGCCCGGGGGGCCGCCCUGCAGGGCCCCAAGCUGCUCCCUGCGUGCCUGGGGACAGCGCUUCACCUUCUCCUUCCAGCCGGAGUGGGGCCUGCUUGCCCCCGCCUUCAUGAGCGAGCGGGUGGUGAACGCGUCCUUCCGGCUGCUGGGGCGGCCCUUGGACCCGUGCCUGACCGGGGGCCGGGCCCUGUGGCCCCCGGGCGCAGUCGCCAGGGUCACCUACUGCGCAGGCCACCUGGAGGGCGACAUCCUGGUGGGCAGGGAGCGGCUGCACGUCCAGCCCGUGAGGACGAGGCACCAGAGGCAGGGGCCUGCCUGGAGCGGUGCCCGGCCCCACCUGAUCCACAGGCCCGCCCCCCGCACCUGGAGGAUGGUCCGAGGCCUGCCGCCUCCCUCCCGCCUCCCGAGACAGGCUGCUGGGAGCAUCCUGCACCUGGAGCUGCUGGUGGCUGUGGGCCCCGACGUCUACCAGGCCCACCGGGAGGACACGGAGCGCUACGUGCUCACCAACCUCAACAUCGCGUCAGAACUGCUGAGGGACCCAUCCUUGGGGGCGCAGUUCCGGGUGCACCUGGUGAAGAUGCUCAUCCUGAUGCAGCCCAAGGAUGCUCCGAGCAUCACAGCCAACAUCACCGCGUCCCUGCGGAGCGUGUGUGACUGGAGCAGGAGCAUCAACCCCGCGGAUGACUCAGACCCCAGGCACGCCGACCUGGUCCUCUACAUCACCAGGUUUGACCUGGAGCUGCCUGAUGGCAACCGGCAGGUUCGGGGGGUCACCCAGCUGGGGGGUGUCUGUUCCUCCUCCUGGAGCUGCCUCAUCACCGAGGACACCGGUUUCGACCUGGGGGUCACCAUUGCCCAUGAGAUCGGGCACAGCUUGGGCCUGGAGCACGACGGCGCGGGAGACAGCGGCUGCGGCCCCGGCGGCCACGUGAUGGCGACAGACGGCGCCGCGCCCGCCCGCGGGGGCCUCGCGUGGUCCGAGUGCAGCCGCCGGCAGCUGCAGCGCCUGCUCGGCGCAGGCCGGGCGCGCUGCGCCUGGGACCCACCGCGGCCGCAGCCCGAGCCCCCGGGGCGCCCGCCCGCCGCGCAGCCCGGCCUCUACUACGGCGCCGACCAGCAGUGCCGCGUCGCCUUCGGCCCCGCCGCCGCCGCCUGCACCUUCGCCCGGGAGCACCUGGACACAUGCCAGGCUCUCUCCUGUCACACAGACCCCUUGGAUCAAAGCAGCUGCAGCCGCCUGCUCAUUCCCCUCCUGGACGGGACAGAAUGUGGCGUGGAUAAGUGGUGCUUCAAGGGUUCCUGCCGCUCCCUGGCACAGCUGGCCCCCGUGGCUGCGGUGCACGGGCACUGGUCUAGCUGGGGACCCCCCAGCCCUUGCUCCCGCUCCUGCGGAGGGGGCGUGGUCACCAGAAGGCGGCAGUGCGACAACCCCAGACCUGCUUUUGGGGGACGGGUGUGCCCGGACGUUGACCUGAAAGCAGAGAUGUGCAAUACCCAGGCCUGCGGGAAGACCCAGCUGGAGUUCAUGUCGGAGCAGUGCGCCCAGACCGACGGGAGGCCCCUGCACCCCAGCCCGGGCGGCGCCACCUUCUACCGCUGGAGCUCGGCCGAGCAGCACAGCCAAGGGGACGCGCUGUGCCAGCUCAUGUGCCGGGCGGUGGGCGAGAGCUUCAUCAUGAGGCGCGGCGACGGCUUCCUGGACGGGACGCGGUGUGUGCCAAGCAGCCCGCAGCAGGAAGGGGGUCCGAGCCUGUGCGUGUCAGGCCGCUGCAGGACCUUCGGCUGUGAUGGCAGGAUGGACUCCCAGCAGGUCUGGGACGUGUGCCAGGUGUGCGGGGGGGACAACAGCACGUGCAGCCGCCGGAACGGAUCCUUCUCAGCUGGGAGAGCCCGAGAAUAUGUCACAUUCCUGACUGUUACCCCCAACCUGACCAACGUUUACAUUGCUAACAGGAGGCCUCUCUUCACGCACUUGGCAGUGAAGGUCGGAGGGCAGUACGUGGUGGCUGGGAAGACCAGCCUGUCUGCCAGCACCACCCACCCCUCCCUGCUGGAGGACAGCCGCAUCGAGUACCGGGUCACUCUCACGGAGGACCGGCUGCCCCGCCUGGAGGAGAUCCGCAUCCGGGGCCCCCCCCGGGAAGACAUCGAGAUACAGGUGUACCGGCGGUACGGCGACGAGUUUGGCCCCCUCACCCACCCGGACAUCACCUUCAGCUACUUCCAGCCUGUGCCACGGCGGGCUGGGGCCUGGGCCGCCGAGCGGGGCCCCUGCUCGGUGAGCUGUGGGGCAGGGCAGCGCUGGGUGACCUACGGCUGUCAGGACCACGACACCCACGCGUGGGUAGAGGCUGCCCACUGCGAAGGGAGCCCACGGCCGCCCACGAGGCCGGAGUCCUGUGCCCCCGCGCCCUGCCCCCCACACUGGUCAGCUGGGGCCUUCGGCCCAUGCAGCGCGUCCUGCGGUGGAGGCCAGCGGGAGCGGACAGUGAGCUGCGUGGAGGCCCAGGGCAGCCUCCUGAGGGCAGUGCCCAUGGCCCAGUGCCACGCCGCAGCCCAGCCGGCGCCUGUGGAAACCUGUAACCCCCAGCCCUGCCCCACUGGGUGGGAGGAGUCUGGCCCCAGCCCCCGUCCUUCGGCCUGUGGAGCCGGGCUGGCUGCGCAGAACGCAACAUGUGUGCGGGGGGCCGAUGGCCAGGAGGUUCCGGCAGCUUCUGGACCGUGCUCCACAGUUGGGAAGCCACCCACCCGUGAACCCUGCAUGGCGACGGACGCUGUGGCCCGGGUGGAGGAAGCACCAACCCCGUCGGGAAGCACCAGGCCGGGGGCCCCCACUACCCGCGUGUGGACACCUGUGGCGGGGACGUGCUCCGUGUCCUGUGGCGAAGGCCUGAUGGAGCUGCGCUUCGUGUGCGUGGACUCUGCCCUCGGGAUGGCCAUCCGGGAUGAGCUGUGUGACCCCACCAGCAAGCCUGGGAGCCGGCGGGAGGCCUGCCAGGUGGUCCCGUGCCCCGCUCGGUGGCAGCACAAGCUGGCGGCCUGCAGCGUGAGCUGUGGAGGAGGAGUCCGGCGGAGGAUCCUGUACUGUGCCCGGGCCCACGGGGAGCACCACGGGGAGGAGACCCUGCCCGAGGCUGAGUGCCAGGGGCUGUCUCGCCCCAAGGAGCAGGAGGCCUGCAGCCUGGAGCCCUGCCCACCCAGGUGGACAGUCACGUCCUCCGGCCCGUGCUCAGCCAGCUGUGGCCUGGGCACCGCUGCUCGCUUGGUGGCCUGUGUGCAGCUGGACCGGGGCCGGGCCGUGGAGCUCGCCGAGGCGGCCUGCGCGGAGCAGGUGCGGCCGCAGACCAGCGUCCCCUGCCUGGUGGCCGACUGCGCCUCCCGGUGGCACGUGGGCCCCUGGUCAGAGUGUUCUGUGUCCUGUGGGAAUGGCAUCCGGCGCCGGUAUAACUCCUGCCUUGGACCCCAGGGGCCCGAGCCAGCCGGCUUCUGCCAGCACCUGCCCAAGCCAGUGACAGUGGAGAGCUGCUGGGCUGGGCCCUGUGGAGGGCAGGGGACACCCCACCUGGUGCCCCAUACAGAAGCCACGACUUUAGGCCAGGCCAUUGAAGCUACAACUGAUGCUUCCCCAGCUCGUCCUCUGCCUCAAGACCACCUGCUGUCUCCAGGCCCCCAGCCUUGGGGACUGCCCCCCAGGCUCCAGGAAAGCCCAGCAGAGCCCAGUGCCUGUGGGAGGCAAUACCUGGAGCCAACAGGAACCAUUGACAUGCGGGGCACAGGCCAGGCCGACUGUGCAGCGGCCAUUGGGCGGCCCCUGGGCGAGGCACUGACCCUCCAGGUCCUCGAGAGUUCCCUCAACUGCAGCGCCGGGGAAUUGCUGCAGCUCUGGGGCCGGCUCACAUGGAGUAAGACCUGCAGGAAGCUGUCUGGAAGGACGUUCCGCUUCCAGGCCAACACGCUGGUGGUGAGGCAGCGCUGCGGGGGCCUGGGAAGCGGCGUGCUGCUGCGGUAUGUGAGCCAGCCCGCUACGGAGGCCUUCCACCGAGAGUGUGACGUGCAGCUCUUUGGCCCCCGAGGUGAAAUCGUGAGCCCCUCGCUGAGUGAGGACGGAAGGAACAUGGGGGGCUGCCGGGCCUUCAUCGACGUGGCCCCCCAGGCCCGGCUUGCCAUCUACGCCCUGGUCACCGGCAUGGUCUCAGGGACUGAUGCCGGCUACAUCUCGAUCCGGGACCCCCACAGCCUGAGGACCACCAUGAUCCGCGGGCAGCCAUCGCUCUACUGGGAGUCCGCGGGCAGCCAGGCUGAGGUGGAGUUCAGCCAGGGUUUCCUGGAGGCGGGCGCUGGCCUGCGGGGCCGGUACUGGACCCUUCCAUCCAGAGUGCAGGGAGAGGGGGCACCCGGCCAGGCCCUGCCCUAGCUCCCCCACCACGCACGGCCCAUGGUGGGGGCUUCUCCAUCUUGGAAGGAGGAGCUGCAGCCCAGAAAGGAAGAAAACUGGCUGCUGUGGUGAACACACCCCAGGUGCUGGCCCAGCCUGGAGGACUGAACUCUUCCCUCCGAGGACCUCUGGUCCUCACUUCCUCAAGUCUUAGCUGUCUAUCCCCUUUGCGGUUUCCCCCAACACGCGAGGGGCUAGGAGGCCGGGACUCUCCGGGAAGGAAGCUCCCAGGCCAUCGAGUACCAAUAAACGGACCGCGUAG